AUGUCACACGCGGUCAUCGAAUUCCUGGCGGAACUGUUUCAAGUGCGGAUACAAGUAGUCUCCGCCCAGGAAGAUCUCGUGUACACUACCCACAUCAGCAUCUGCUAUGCGCACAAGACAACCAACGGAGAACAGCUCAAGCUCUACACCGAGAAAUACCGGGCUGCCGCCAAGACGGCCAAAAAGACAGCAGUCAACAUCUUGGACUUUGUGAUGCCUCUGCGCACCCAGAGGAAAGAUCCCCCCUACGACAGUUUCUCCAGGCAGGACUUCGCCAAGGAGAGCAAUCGCGUUGACGCAGUACAACUGAAACCCAAAAAGGAUCGUGCGGGGAAGGAGCAGUUCACGCUCAUCCCCGAGUUCCAGCACUACGUGAUGACGAAGGACAACAAGCUUAAGCGCAGCUCGGCCGCACCCCCUUUGUUGAUCAUCGCCCUCUUGGACCCACAGUUCAAACACAAGCAGCGGGGAUAUGCCAUCCUACACAAAGAGACGGACUGCGCGGAUUACCCUCCGACGGCCUACAUCUUCUAUCCUCAGCAGAAGAGUUGCCAGCCAGUCUUCUCCUUUGCCUAUCCAGCUCCCGACGCCAAGCGAGGCAGACCAGAGUAA